AUGGUGGACAUGUGGGUGGAGGUGGAGGCCCACCAGAUGCAACCACUGGCAGGCGCCAUCGCCGUCGAGUGCAUCGUCGCGCCCGUCCUACAUGGCCGCGAACGCAACCAGGCUGUCAUUGACGAGAACGUGGAGAAGCUAAAGAAGGUGCUGGAGGUGUACGAGGCGCGCCUGGCGCAGAGCAGCGCCUGGUGGAAGGGUCUCGCUGCCCGGCCGGCGGCGAAGAAGGUGGCGGAGUUCAUGCCGCUCGGCGCCGGGGCACCCAAGAAACAGGAGUGA